AUUCUUUCAGUGAUUUUAAUUUCAUUUUUACUAAUCUUAGUUAAAUUUAUUUGAGUAACACAUUUUCAAUAAAUUUGUCAGAUUUCCUAUACCUUUUAUUCAAAAUGUGCCUUUUUUGACGCCAUCUUGUAUUACCUUUUCCAGGAUCAUGUUGGAGAAUAUUUUGAAUAUUUCGUUAUUGAACUAAUCGCCUGAUUUUUUUUUUCAUCCUAAGUGAAAAUUUUAUGUUGACUUAAGUUAUUCGAGUCUGUACUGUACAUUAAAAUUAACCGUCAUGAACAUAAACUCAGCUGCAACCCAUCGUUACCAACAAGUCUCCCACGAACCUCCAGCUCAUGCGAAUAUCACAAUGGAAUCCGCAGGUGGCAAACCUCCCAACGCUGGUACAUCGCUGCAAGAGUUCCGCAAUUCGUUCGAAACGGUUCGCAAAGUUACGUACAUGGUAGGUAUCGAUCCGUUCACCAUGGAAUCGGACCUAAAUGUUCGCUUCUUUGGAUCCACGAUGUUCAUGGCGUUGAUCUACGCGCUUUGCUUCUACACUGGCUGGGAACUGCGAGAUGCGGAAGGGUACCGAAUCUUGGAAAUGGCAAUGAUUCUCGUUUUAAACGCGCAAGGUACCAACAAGAUGUGGAUUGGAUUUGUGCACAAAUCUCGGUAUUGCCAACUGUUUCAGAGUUCGGAACAGAUCUACGAAAGUUUCGAUGGCGAUGCAAGAAAUCGUCCCAUUUUGAGAAAUCUCGUUGCCAAGAUGAAUCUUCUCCUAAAGUGGAUCGUGAUCGUUUACGCCAGUUCGGGACUGCUAAUCGUGGUUCUGGUCGCACUCUACGCAAUCGUAGCGAGAGAAAAGUUUCUCGCUCUAACAAUCAUUGUUCCAUUUGUGAACCAUACGUCGUUAACAGGGUACUUGAUCGUUUACUUAACCCACAUGGCAAUGGCUGCUUUCUGCGCGAAUGGAUAUCUGGCCUCGGAUACCGCAUUCAUAGUUACCGUCGUCCCGAUCAUUGCCUAUGCCAACUCGCUCCAGAAUGAGAUUCGGAAUUUCAACCUGCUGCUCCAGGCGCCGGAAAGAGAUGAGGCUCUCAUCGCGGAAAAGCUUCUGCGGAUCUGCCAACUGCACCAGAUGAUAGACGAGUUCGAGCAGGAAGCCAUCGCACACUUCAAAGGUGGCUGUCUGGUGCAGGUCGCACUACAAGCUGGCACCUUGCUUCUGACAAUCUUCUUAGCCUACAUUUGUGGCUAUGUUCAAGCGUUGAGUAUUUUCAUGGCAUUGAUCUUUCAACUGACUCAAUAUUGCGCACUGGGAACGAUCGUUACUGCAAAGAACGAUCAAAUGAUUAACGACAUUUACGAAAUCGGAUGGCACAGGCUGGAUAAACCGCAACAGCAAAUGGUAGCUUUCAUGUUGCAUCGAGCUCAAAACGCCAAGGAAUUGUCCGUGGGAGGGGUGGCACCACUGAACUUGGUCACCUAUGUGCAGAUUAUGAAAACUACGUACUCAUUUCUUGCCAUGUUGAUAACACUUUUUGGUUAGAAUGCGGAUUAGGGUGACAAUAAAAAAAAUCGACAUCAGGGAUACAUUUCCACGAUUUUUCCCAUAUAAACUUCAACGAUAAAAAGCGACCCCUUAACCUUAACCGAUUUGGCUAAAAUUAGCAUAGUUACUUGAGAUUUUCCAAAAUUUAAAUUUUUUCUUGUCACCCUAAUGCGGAUCCUACAACAUACCGUAUGAUAACAUAGGAAACAUAAUAGCGAUGGAACAAUUGUUAUCAAAAGAUUUUAUUUUGACACUUACUGAGAGAGAGAGUUUCGGAAGAUGACUCGUUUCUCCUCUCUCAUGCACAAAAUAUUGGUAAAAAGAAACCAAAAAAAAAAAUAUUACGAUUUUAGUGCUACAUUUGCAGAAGAAACAUCACAAUUAAAAAACUGAUGAGUCACUUUUCG